AUGAUUGCGAUUAAGUCAGCCCAACGCCUUCCUCGUGGCUUGAGCGUUGAAUGGGCUGACGGAAUGCGUGCUAAAUUCAGUAAUGUUUGGUUGAGAGAUAAUAGUCUACAUAUGCGACCAGCGCUCGUACACCUUGAUCUCAAUCCGCGGCCUCAGAAGGUCGAUUUGUCGGACGAUUGUGUCUCACUCGAAUGGCCACCGUUUCUUCGAGCCGAUUUUCCUAGUGAAUUCCUUCGUUCACAUAGCCGUGUUCAGCCCGGAACUAACCUCUGCAAAAAUCCUAACAAACAGAUUUUGACGAAGCCGUGGCGAAUUCAGCAACGACCAUGCUCGAUUGAUCAACGCCAUAUUGGUGCAAUGAUCUGGAAGGAUCCUUUGAUGAUCAAUGGCACUGUCUGGCCACAUCUUGAAAAGAUUCCGUCUGUGGUCACGGUAGAGACGCGAUUCGAUGGAGCACGUGUGAGUCUGAUCGACUCGAUAGCUGCACUCAAACAAUUGCACGACGAACAUCCACAGUACUUUCGAUUUAUGAUGGAGAAUCCGAUUGAGUACGAGCACGCGUUCUUCAAAGCGUCUCACCACCUGGCCAAUAUCGACAAGAACGAGAUCGUUUCGGCAGUUUUCAACAACGAUUUCCGCUCCAGUCAAAUGACGACCGAGAAUCUGGAUCUCUUUUAUCGCAGCUUGAAGUCAUUCUACAAUAUCUGCUGUGAGAUGCAGCAAGAAAUCUAUAUUAAUUCUAAUGAAUUACUCGUCGUCGACAAUUCUCAAAUGCUCGUCGGUGCACCGGCUCAAUGGGGACGAGAGAUGCUAGUUCGUAUCUUUGCUUGA